GAUGGUGUGAAAAGACUAGACAAUGGGCUUAGGUCAUGAGCAAGGAUUUGGAGCCCCCUGUUUAAAAUGCAAAGAAAAAUGUGAAGGAUUCGAACUACACUUUUGGAGAAAAAUAUGUCGUAACUGCAAGUGUGGCCAAGAAGAGCAUGAUGUCCUCUUGAGCAAUGAAGAGGAUCGAAAAGUGGGAAAACUUUUUGAAGACACCAAAUAUACCACCCUGAUUGCAAAGCUAAAAUCAGAUGGAAUUCCCAUGUAUAAACGUAAUGUUAUGAUACUGACCAAUCCAGUUGCUGCCAAGAAGAAUGUCUCCAUCAAUACAGUUACCUAUGAAUGGGCUCCUCCUGUCCAGAAUCAGGCAUUGGUAAAUAAUAAGGGGAAGGGCAGUCUCUUUGUUAAAGAAACAGUGCUCCGUUACCAGCAGGGCACAAGAAUUAGGUUUGAAGAGCGUGGAGAAAGCCUAGAAAUUCCAUUUCCCAGAAAAAUGCCAGUCUUAACGAUGACAUAUUGUUUUGGACGGCUUCCCUUUCAGUCCUGCUACUGCUGCAAACAGAGUAUGAAGGAGGGUGACCCAGCCAUCUACGCUGAAAGGGCCGGCUAUGAUAAACUGUGGCACCCAGCUUGUUUCGUCUGCAGUACCUGCCACGAACUCCUGGUCGACAUGAUUUAUUUCUGGAAGAAUGGGAAGCUGUACUGUGGCAGACAUUACUGUGACAGUGAGAAACCACGAUGUGCUGGCUGCGAUGAGUUGAUAUUCAGCAAUGAGUACACCCAGGCAGAAAACCAAAACUGGCAUUUGAAACACUUCUGCUGCUUUGACUGUGACAACAUCCUAGCUGGGGAAAUAUACGUGAUGGUCAAUGACAAGCCUGUGUGCAAGCCCUGCUAUGUGAAGAAUCAUGCUGUGGUAUGUCAAGGAUGCCACAAUGCCAUUGACCCUGAAGUGCAGCGGGUGACCUACAACAAUUUCAGCUGGCAUGCGUCCACAGAGUGCUUUUUGUGUUCGUGCUGCAGCAAGUGUCUCAUUGGGCAGAAGUUCAUGCCAGUAGAAGGGAUGGUUUUCUGUUCAGUGGAGUGUAAGAAGAUGAUGUCUUAAGAGGAAAGUACCAAGCAAUAUUGAGCCAUAGCUAUCCUAAAUGGUCUGCAUUUCUACUGUAAAAUGCAAUUUGGAAAAAUAAAUGGAAAAAAAGAAACUGUAAAGGAAACCAGGAGAUUUUGUUCAGUAUCUAUCUUUGCUGUUUUUCCUUAUCAAUUUUUUUCAUCUCAAUUUUUAAAACCUGCUUUAAGCAUUUGAUUUUUAAAACAGUGAAGAAUUUUAUCUUUCCUUAGCUUUCCACAUGUAAAAUCUUGGAGGUGGAAGCUUGGGUUUAAUUAAUCUUCAUAUGCCCAUCCCCCUGUGCCAAACAAAAAAAAUAUAUGUAUAUGACACUUAAAAAUUAGUGUGCUGAAAUGGAAAGAUGCACACUGCUAGUUCUAUAUUCUUCUUCCGCUCUUGUGUAAAAUGAAAGGAAAUUAAACUUGCCCUAAUGCCAAGGCUCUGCGUUUAUUGCCUUAUCUUAUUCACUGAACUUUGUAGUGAUACUCAGUGAAUUCUUUUGACAAAGAAAAGAGAAACGCAGCAGAGUACAGAGAGCUGUUAUCAUUCUAAUGCCUUUGCUCUUUUCUCAUUUAGGCAGAGGUAGCUUUAUUGCAUUUCUCUUUUUUUUUUAACUUGCCUUACCUCACAGCAUUCUCUUUGUAAGCUGUUGACCUCUAUCUGUGGCCUUAAAUACUUUAUUGUCACAUGUGGCAUCCGCUUUUUACUUCUGUAGAUGAUUUCUGGCUUGGACAUAAAAGUCAAGCCAUUCAUUUAUGUUUUCAAUCCAAAGAACAUGUAUACUUUUUGUACCCAAGAAACUAUCACUUGUACUAAUUGCACUUGCCUACCAUGGUUUGGAUAGAUUUUUUUUUUUUUUUUUUGCAUGAACUUAUUUUCUAAUGGAUACUGUCGUAUGGUGCUUCUAAACCUGUUCAAGGGUAUAUAUCAAAAGUCUUCUUUGCCUAUAUACUUCCAUCCUUAGAUAUUUCUAAUGUUUAUUUUUCCCUAUAUACUUCCAUAUAUAGCUAUGCACUAUAAAAAUGAAACUGAAUGAAUGAUACGUAUAUUCAAAAUAAAGUCUCUUUCACCUCUGCAA